CGGCAAACCGAGCGUUUACUGAUUUAGAUGAAAAAACACACGAAGAUCAUGUUAUUAUAGUUUUUCAUGCCGUUUCAAUUUAUUUGACUGCUAACACAGCAACAUGGUGACAGAUGACACUAGAAAUAAUCUGCCAGCAACUAAAUAUGUUCCAGUGUUGUUAGAGAGAUCACAAGCCCCUAAAGGGGCAGUACAAUUGACAACAACUGAAAUUUUGACAAUUCAGCUAAAGCGUUUGGAAAGAUGUAAAUCAACGUCUGAAAAGUCUGCAUUUCGGUUUGGACCACAUAUUACUGCUGGAGCGACAGCCAUCACAGCUAUAUUAGUGAAUACACAUUUUAGGACAAAAUUCUACCUGUUUAAUUAUGGUCUUAUGUUGAGUUAUUUACCUGUAGUCAUUGUUCCAUCUUUUGUGACUUUGGUUUUAAAUGAGUACUUAACCAAGCAAGUGCUUUUACAGCCUAAGUGUAUGGAAUGUUUGGAAGUACGUAGCGGAGUUCUGCAAGUGGCUGCAUCGGUACUGUACAGCUCCAUAAUCGCGCCAACAACGAGUAUUCUGUUAUCAAAGAAGUACCACACAUAUCUGAUCAAGAAUAAUUUUCAGCCAAAUGUCAAACAUGCAUUGAAAUCAACUUCAUUUUCAAGGUUUUGCUUUCUAGCAUUAAUUGUGCAGAAUUUUUGUGUUGGAGCUUUUGUACGAUACAAACAAGGGAAACAGCUAGAAAAUAUUAUGGCACAGGAACCAGCAAACGUUUCACGACAGUUACUGGAACAAAUAACAGAUUGAUUUUAAUGGAUGAAUAUACAUAAGAAAGUAUCAUACCAGUGAUUGCCAUUAAAGUUUUAGUUUAGUUAUGUAAUUUUAAAAAACACCCGAAAGGUUGCAGAAAUGUUGGACUAUUCAGAACAGUAUGGUCAAGAUUUAAGUCUAUGCUUUAGAACUUUGUUCAACAAAAUUAACUUUGCUUUUUACUAUCAAAAUGAAAAAUGCAUAGUCUACUUAAAAUGAUUUCUAAAAUCAUUCUAUUUGGCAACUGGAUAUUACAGUAAACAUAAAUGUCAGGUUUUCUUUCAUUGAUUAAUUGGGGCUUGAAACUCACCUCAUUUUGAUAAAAGAUACAAUUUGCUCAGUGUAGGUGAUUCAUUGCUCAGCUUAUUUUCUCUGGGAAUUGGCUUCCUGCUAAAUUUUGGAAAAAAAAAAUAUUACAAGAAACAACUUCAUAAAAAUAUGCAAGGUAAUCAAUCUGUACUUGAGGUUCCUGACAAAAAUUGGAUGCCAAAUCAAUUAUGCUGCCACUGUUGAGAAAAAGGUCUCAUAAAUUGUUUUAGAAUUUUGGUAGUCACACUGCAGUAUGACUGUGUAUCAAUUUACUUGCAUGCAACAAAACACAAAACAAUGUUUAAAUAAUAGUUUAAGCAUGACUAAAUUCCUAAAAAAUGUUACAGUUAGUAUUUUGAUCAUCAAGACUUUUGUGGUCUUUUAUUUUUAUGCCCCCGUCAUCUACUGAUGCGGGAGGCAUAUAGUGAUCGUCCUGUCCGUCUGUCCGUCCGUUCGUCCGUCCGUAUGCGGUUAACCAAAUGGGACCGUUUCGUCUAGCGUCAAUACCCCUUGCUAGAAUGACUUGAUACUAAUGCAGAUAUAACCUGUGAACAUUCCUCAUCUUCAGACAUCGCCUGACCUCAGUUUGACCUUGACCUCGACCUCAUUUUGGACUUAGGUUGCUUUAUAUGGGCCAUCUCCUGGUUAACCAAAUGGGGCCAUUUCGUCUAGCAUCAAUACCCCUUGCUAGAAUGACUUGAUACUAAUGCAGAUGUAACCUGUGAACAUUCCUCAUCUUCAAACAUCACUUGACCUUGACCUCAUUUUGGACUUAGGUUGCUUUAUAUGGGCCAUCUCUUGGUUAACCAAAUGGGACCGUUUCGUCUAGCAUUAAUACCGCUUACAAGAAUGAAUUGAUACUAAUACAGAUGUAACAUGUGACCAUUCCUCAUCUUCAAACAUCACCUGACCUCAGUUUGACCUUGACCUCGUUUUGGACUUGGGUUGCUUCGUAUCGACAAGGAUGCCACCGGGGACAUCAAGCGUUUAUUGAACGCAGCUCCUUGUUGUAAGUUGUUUUUAGAUGAUACAUGUUUUUACUGGAAAUGAAUGUUAUAGUGUUUCAUAGUCUGGUUGUCUCUGUUAGCUGGAGAAUCUAACACUGAGAGAAUAACUAAGUUAUCUUAACAAAAAUGUUUCAGUUUUGAUAUAAUUGAAAUACAUGAAAAUUCUGUCUUGAGUAUGUUCAGAUGAUGAAAGUGGAACGGUGUCAAUAUAAUAGGGUUAUGAUACCAGUAGCUAGAUAUGGGAUGCUGUAUUCGGCUCGAGUGGAUUUUGCCAGAUCGGAACUCACGAGGCAGGCAAGCGCCGAGUGUGAUCCGAUCUUGCAAAAUCCACUCGAGCCGAAUACAAAAUCCCAGAUCUAGCUACUGUUAUAAUCACCCUUUUAUUAUAGACCUCUACCUUCUUGUUUGUUGUUUUGUUAUUGAAGGAAAUCUUCAAUGCUUAUCUGUAUAAAAAUGGAAGUAAGUGAAGUUUUAUGUGCACUAUUUAUAGAGCUUGUCAGGUCAUGCAUAUUGAUGAAAGUAGUCUGGCAGCGUACAAUACAAAAAGAAUAUUACGGAAUUUAAAAGGUACAAUACGUAAUUUUUUUCUGCCUGUUCAUAUUUAGUUGUGAAUUACAAGCAGAUUUUUUUUACAGAAUUUAUAUAGGUUAAGUACAUAAUGAAAGAAUUUACAUUAACACUGAUACUAUAAAUAGUAACACUGAUUUUCUGGAACUGCUGUAUAGCUCUUUCUUUAAAUUCAUGUAUAUUGGCAUUAUUUUAUUGGAGGAAAGCAUAAUGACGGAAAGUAAGUGUUACUGUUUGAACAUUUGAUAGAUGUAUGUGAUACAAGAUAAGGAACUGAUUAUCUAUGAAUGACAGAUAUAAUUGGUUUGUAGUUUAGAACAAUAUUUAGGUAUUUGUUUAUGAAUUUGAAUUUUUACUGAGUGUAUUGGAACUGUUGAAGUAAAUGUUAAAACUAUU